AUGGAGAAUGAGCAAUGGUGCAGCAUAUGCUCUAAAAUGGUAAGUCCAAUGAUUGAAUCAAGAAACAAAUGUCCAUUUUGUGAUACACAAUUUGGUGUAGAAAUGGAAAAUCUUAGAGACCAUAAUAAUGAUGCUAUUGAUUUAAGGUCAGCUUGGGUUUUUUCACUUUAUGCACCAAUUUUUCUUGGUUUAAUGAAUGCUUUUAGUCCUUCUCUAGCUACAAUUUCUUCACAAGAAAGUAGCACCUCAAGAAAUGAAGAAAAUAAUGAACAAGAGAGAGGAAAUUACAAUGAACUUGUAAUUGGAAGAAGGAGAAGAACUUCAACUUAUAUGAUGCAUCUAUUUAGAGGACUUCAUGUUAGAAUGGUUUCUGAAAAUGAAAACAUAGAACAAAAUAGGAACAUUGAGAAUAAUAACAAUAAUAAUAACAAUACUACUAAUAAUAAUAGUAUAUUUGUUAUUGAUCCAUUCAAUGAAGGUGCAUUAAUUGUGAGAGGUCCUAAUUUAAAUCAUACAAAUAGUGGAUUUGAUUUAUUGCUACAACAUUUGGCACAAAUUAACCCUAGUGGUUAUGCUAGUGUGAAUCCUCCAACAAAGAAGGAAGCAAUUGAAGAAAUGGAAAAUGUGAUAAAUGAUGAGAAAUUGCUAUGUACUAUAUGUUUGGAAGAUGUUGAGAUUGGAAGUAUAGCUAAAGAAAUGCCAUGUAAGCAUAAAUUUCAUGAUGAAUGUAUUGUAUCAUGGCUUAAUCUACAUAGUUCUUGUCCAGUUUGUAGGUUUCAAAUGCCUUCUGAGGAUUCAAAUGUUUUGGCUAAUUUGGAAAUUGGAAAUAGGGAGAAUCAAAAUAAUGAGGUUGUGAGAGGUCGAAAUGGAAGGAGGAAUUGGUUUCCGGUGCUUCAAUCUUUUAAUAAUUUCCUUCCUUUUCCUUGA